UAUAACAGUUUAAUCGUUAACAGUCCAAAUGGAUUAAAAAUUGACUUAAAUCGACUAAGCUUCAUCUAAUCAACAUUAAACCUGUUUCGACCAAUCAACCUCUUUACAUUCAACAAUCAAUAAUCCAACCUUAUUUUCAUUCAGUUACCUCUUUAUUUUAAUUUAUUGAUCCACCAUUUUUGAUUAUUGUUAUUGAUCUUUCUACUCUUUGUAUGAAUACAGUUUAAUCAAAAUCACAAUUAUAAACAAUUAAUUUGAUUCUUCAUUUGUUAACAUUGCAUCCUUUUUUGGUCAUCAACAAAUGGAAACAAAAAGUGUUCAAUUCAAAAGGAAUCAACUUGAAUCAUUGUAAAUCAUUUAAAUAACAACAGGAUAACGUCAAAAAUUAAAGUGAUAUUUGAACUUAAAAAGUGCUCAAAUUAAUUUAUCUUAUAAAUUGUCUAAAUGAAUUGUCUAAAUCAUAAAACUGACCAAUUCUACCUCCAAUUUGCUCAUAUUUGUUCAUCAUUUCACCAAUCAUCCAAUCAUCAACAUUUCCUGAUCUCUUCACUUGACCCAACUAGUCUUAUUAGCCAUAUAAAGUUAAAGUGAUCUGGAUUACAUUCAAUGUUAAGAUCAUCAACAAUGAUACCAAAUUGUUUAAACAAUUCACCUAUUAAUGAUGCGGUAACGGUUAAUGUAGUUAGCGGUAACAGUGAUGAUGAUAAUGAUGAGAAUCGUGAAGAAAGUCAUGCAACUUGUGAAUCAUCUAAAGUCAACAUGGAGUCAAGAUCACCACUUAUUGUCCAACCAAGAGACCAACUUAAUGAUUACAAUGAAACGUCUCCAAACUCAUCAAACUCACCACCAAGCAAUCUACUUCCAACCUCACCAGAAACAACAGCCAACAGUGCAACAGUAUUGCUUCCUCCUCCACCACCACCACCUUCAUCAUGUCCAUCUCCGUCUCGAUCAACAUUAACCAGUAUGUCAAUAACAGCAACAACUUUACCAAUCCUUCCAACAAACCAGACAACACAAUACCAUCAACAUCAACAUCUCUAUCACCCUCAACACCAUCAAAACCACCCAAACCACCAACAACAACAAUCUCACCAUCAAAAUGCAUCUCAUCUUAACCAUCACAAUCACCAUCAUCAUCAUCAUCAACACCUUCAUCACCAUCAUCGUCAUUCAGCCUUUAAUGAAUCUUCACCCAAUGUGGACGAUGGCCUAACAAGCCUAACCUGGCUUCAAAAUUUAAACAUGUGCAUGACUCGUUUAGGUGCACCAACACCACCAACCCCACCAGCCAGUCCAGUUUGGACAUCAACCUUCAACACAAGUUCAUGUAAAUCUUUGUCCACCAAUUCAUCUUUAAACUUUACCAAUUCUCCAACAUCUCGCCAUCACAAUCACCAUCAACGCUACCAACCUUCCAACUGUACGUCAUCAUCAUCUUCUUCCUCCUCCUCUUCCUCCUCUUCCCUCUCUUCAUCCUCAUCCUCAUCGCCCUCCUCAUCUUCAUCACAAAACCAAUCAACAGCCAAUAGUGAUGCCUCUUCCGUCAAUAUAUCAUCCUCAUCUAUUCCUUUAACCAAUGGUUCAUCUAAUGCUCCAGGAUCAGGUCGAUGUCGAUCUUCAUCUUCCAACACGAAUACGUCCAAAAAAGCUCAAACCUAUUCAUUAGAGGAUAUUGCAAACUACAAAACAAAUGGUUCAGUUAAACCACCAUAUUCAUAUGCUACACUCAUCUGUAUGGCAAUGAAAGUCAACAAGAAUAAGAUGACAUUAAGUGCCAUUUACCGAUGGAUCAGGGAAAAUUUCCUGUACUAUCGUAACGCUGAUCCUAGUUGGCAAAAUUCAAUUCGACAUAAUUUAUCGUUGAACAAAUGCUUCAUCAAAAUACCAAGAACCAAAGAUGAACCUGGAAAAGGAGGAUUUUGGCGUUUAGAUCCAGUUUUUGCUGAAACCUUGAUUGAUGGUGUCUUCAAGAAACGCAGACCAUCUCAAAGAGCCAAUCCAAAGUCAACUUCAUCCUAUAAGAAAAAGAAUGUCAAAGAAACUGGUGAAUUGGUUAGCGCAAUUAAAAGCAUUGAAAAUGGAUCAUUUACUCGUUACUCGAUUCACCUUAAUGAAUCUGCUUUUGAACCUGACCAGACAAUAUUAAUCAAUGAUGAUCCAAGUCGAUCGGGUAGUGCCAAUAGUUUAGGUGGUAAUGAGGGUACAACAACGAUAAUCCCAACAAUCAUACCAAUUGUCAACCUCAAUUCAACCAUAGAAUCUGUUAAUUCCUCUCAUUCCAAUAGUAGCAGUAAUGGGACAGAUCCAUCAAGGAGAGACAAUAUUAAUGGUAAUAAUAAUAAUGAUGGAAAUGGAAACAAUGAAGAGAGCAACAAUAAUUUUUCAAAUCAAGUCAAUGAUGGAAAUCAUUUGUUGACCAAUGAGAAUCAUGAUAUUUGCUGGAAUGCUUUGCUCACUGAUGUUGACCUGGAAUUGGUUGAUCCAACUAAUUAUGCUGGUCAAGUGGUUCAUACUCCGGUAACUGAUAAUGUACUUGGAUCAGCCUCAAAUAAUACAACAACUCAAUUAACAGCAGUUGAGCCUCACACUUUAACAAUAGUCAAUUCCGUUAACUCACCCAUUACUAAUGUUAACAAUGGCAAUAAUCACCAUCAUCAACAGCAACAUCAUCAUCACUCCAAUAUGAUCAAUGAAAGUCAAAGGGAACACAGGAAUGAUAGGUUAAUCAAUGAUAAAGACAAUCAUCUAAAUCACAAUAAAAUCUCGGGUCUAUCCGAGUCUGAUGUUUACUCUGAUCAGAUGCAUUCAAAGCUAUCGCCACACACCUCCGAAGACAGUCUCACCACUCUUCCUGUUUCUGAUAUCAUCUCAGCCACCAAUAACGUUGUAACAUGUGUCAAUCCAGCCACAAGUCAUCAAUUGUCCAUCAAUGAAUGGAGUCCUUGGUCAUGUUUCCCGAUGGGCACAGGUAAUAAUGGGAUUACCGUUGUUUCAACGACAGCUUCAAAUGAGGUUAACAAUCAUUUAACCAAUGAAUCUAGUCCAGCUGAUCUUAUCUCUUUGAAUCCAAUCGAUGGAUCAACUGGACAUGCCAACUUGCUGAGUUCAUCCAUUGUUUUAGCCAAUAGAUCAGGUUUCAUUGGGUCACCAUCAUCAGCCAUAUUGUCCAAUGGAGGUCACCUUGGUGAAGGUCUAUCACAGAACUGUAUAGAUAUUCAAACAUCAUCUGGUAACAAUAUGGAUGAAAAUAGUUUAAUCAAUGGUUUAAUAAAUAGUGAGCUAAAUAAUUCAACCAAUAUCAAUGAUAAACAUUCCAGUCUAUCGUCUCAUCAACCUUUCGAGGGUCAUCAUCAUAUAAUCAUUCAACCCUGGAUAGAAUGUAAAUCAACAAUUGAUUCAGUUGCAUUUGAUCUUGAUCAAUUUACUGGUCUCGAUCAAUGUUCUGAUUUUUAACCCAAUCUCUAAAUCCAAAUGGCUAAAGUUAAUUUCAAAACUGGACACAAAUUGUUUCUCAUCAUCAAUAAUCGCUAAACACAGUGAAAAUUGACCAAAAAAUUAGUCACUCACUGUUUAUCAUUUAACUUUUUUCCCUCUUUCCUUGAUUGAUCCCACCCGGUGCCAUUAAUGCUACUGGUCACAAUCAUUAAGCUGUCCUGUUUUAAUUAAUCCUAACCUUUGAUCAACAUCAGUCCAAGGAUAACCUUCCAACCAUUACUACCAAGCAAAAGUGAGAAAUGAUUGAUAACUCAGGACACACUAACCAAGAAGAUGAUGACGUUAAGCUCGACUGGUUAGCGCUAAACAAGAGAGGGAAACGCGUGUCGUUCAAUCAACAAUUUGAUCAAAAACAUGACAUUUUAUAAACUCUUAACGACGUUUUCAAUAAUCAGUUUGCAGAAAAGGAUGAAUUGUCAUCAUGAAAAUAUACCUCAAAAGUGAUAUUGGUUUAAUGAUCAAAAUCAACCGGAUUUACUUAGCAUGAUCAAAUCUUGAGUAUCCUUUAUCAAAUCAUUUUAAAUCAUCUUGAAAUUUCCAAAUUUUUAGAUUGUCAGGAUACAGAUGGAGGAUGAAAGACUAACGUAAGAUUAGUUGAACCAUAGCAGCAAAUGUAAAUUGUUAAUUGUCAUUACGUUUACACUUUUUUCACUGGUCAACCCAAUCAUAUUCAUCAUUGCCAUCCCCAUUAUCCUCAUCAUUAUAAUCAUCAAAACAAUUGUCAUCAGCAUUUUUCAUCGUCCACUUUGAUCAAAUCCCGUUUUAAUAAUAUUAUGGUCUAUUGAUCGUCAACUGUUCUUGGCAGCUAUUUGUAUUGGCCUUAGUUAACAGUUACUGUUUAACUAUCUUGAUAAUCAUUUGAUAAUCAGGAAUGAAAGGAUAUCAGGAAAGAGUCCAAAUGAUGAACAAAAUGGAGUUAACGUAAAAAAAUUACAUUUUCUCAUAGGCUUUAGCUGACUUCAGAAUCACCUGCAAAAGAUAUUAGAUAAAAUCGACUCUUGAUAUUAACAUAAUAAUAUCGAGAAGCAAUUCAAUUGCUAAUUCAUUUUAACCUUCUUAAAUUAAAUUCAUACAAAUCAUACUUCCUCUUCCUAUUACCUUUCAUGCUCUUUGAAUCAAUUUCACCCUUUUUGUUUUUAUUUAGUGUACAUAACUUAACUUAAUUAUUCAAUUUUCAGACUCUCAUCAUUCAUUAUUGUCCUCUAAUUAUUCAAUUGAAUUUUUUCUUUCUUCAUUCUUCUUACUUAAUAAUCAUUUGCACAUAGAAUGAGUCAAAUAUCAUCAUGAAAAUUCUGAAAAACUUAAUUCUAAUCAUAAACCAAUGGAAAGUCUAGUGUACUUACUGACCCUUAUCAAAUCCGUCCAAAAAUGUCAUUUAGACAAAUAAAUGUGUCAAUUUAUUGUCAAUAAUUGUCUCUUUUAAUUUAAUCAAUAAUGUUUCAAGGUAAUAAAUUUAUUAAAUCACAACAAAUUAGGAAAGGUAAAAUAAUUCAAUUUUAAAUAUUAAAAUUAAAUGAUUCAACAAUGAAUCAGGAAGAGAGAAGGAUGAAGAUGAAGGAUGAAAAGUUGGUUUCAAGUCUACAGUUGCAAAUAUACGUCAACCAUAUGGACCUGUUUAAAUAUUUUUGAUUCAAGUUAACUGGACAAAAAACUGGAAAGUACAAAUAAUUAGCUGUUAAAUAAUUUGAUGACGAUGACCAAAUUAGCCAGCCGUAUAAUGGAGAUGAGGAUGAAAGUCAAGAGGAACGAGAUGAAAACC